GGUGAAAUAUAUCUAUAUAGAGGGUGUCCAGAUCACGCCGAUCCAGUUCACGUAGAAAGCACACGAUCAACGCCUCACGGCAAAAUGGUUUUCGCUCUUCUGUUUCUUGUUGCAUGCGUUUUGUCAACUAGAGACGUAACGGCACAAGAACCUAAACCGUGCAAUACUCCAGAACAAUGGGAAGGCACAGCUUGGCACAACAACCAAGAGACUGGAAUUAUGAUAAUAAGCAGGAUAUCGUACGACGCAACGAACAGUCGCAUUCGAACAUUUAGUCUUGUUCUCAACGGACCUAGUGCGUGGCAAUCGUUUGAGUGGAUCUUACUGUACAAAGAAAAAAAGUUCUACUUUUUCUCUGAGCAGACGGGUGCCUGCGUUGUGUCCAACUUUUUCCGACAAUACAUACCGGCGGGAGUGCCAUCUGACGCAACAUUUAAAUAUCAUCUCUCCAGAGGUCUGACUCCAAACGUUGUGACAACAAACACGUUUGCCAAAGCGUAUAAAGUUGACCUUCAUGAAGAUCACAAGGAAUUGCUUCACGAACAUCAAGAUCACCACGGUCACACUCAUACUUGGUACGGUUCGUUUACUACCGACACUUGUGUUCCAGUGCUAGAAACUAUCUAUGAAGGAGAUCUGCUCGACGAGGAGGCUGCCGAAGAAUAUACGGAUACUCUUCAUAGCAUCCGCUUUUCUGCCAUGAGUCCUGGAAUUAAGAACCCCAAUGUGUUUGAUGUACCGUCUAUUUGCUCCGAUGCCACAAACGGAACUCUACCGUCUGUAAUCGGUGAUGUCUUGCAGUGGCACCGUUUUGCGUAUCUGUAAGAGUGACACAGUUGGAAAGCAGCUGAAAAGACUGAUUGCGAACAUUUAUGUGUUGGUUGCAAUGUACGGGUGAUUGCUAGUUUGCUAUUGGUCACCUGAUGUGACUUGCUAAACUUUGUACUAUCACCAUGCGUGUAGUUUGUCCAAUUUGUUGUUGUGGCUAAGUACCUUUGUCAUCAAAAGUAUAAACAUUACUUGGUCUGCAA